AUGUCCGACGACCAGAAGAACCAGCCUUCAAGACCCCAACUGCCUUCGCUUGGGCAGUCAAAUAACUUAAUCAACGCCACCAACUACCACCAGUACCCGACCGAUGACAACUUGCAGAAAGCCGCAAAUAGCUUUCGACCCACCCGCAACCAGCUCGCCGCCUUCCAAGUGCACACCAAGCACACAUCCAGGGGCGUCCUCGCCAGCUACAAAAGCCAAGGACUUGCCCCCACCGCCCGCGACACCCUGACGCACGAGAACCUGGCGUGGCUUCGGAACCAUUGGCCCACAUGGGACAAUGGCUUGCUCGACAUGGCCAACGACCUGCCCCGCCGCGAUCUGGUCAGCGCCAUCAAGUCCAUCGCCACCCGGUGGCUCAAGCACGCCCCUGGCCUCCCGCUCUCGGACCUCUGGGCAGACAACGGCAUCAUCACCAGCGCCAUACAGUCCACCGGGGGUGGCUUCACCCUCAGAGCCGUUCAGCUGGCGUCUCGGCGUCUCAACGAACAUUUCGGCAUCGCCAAGAAGCCCAAGUCCAAGUCCAAGUCCAAGGAAAACGAGGCCAGCCCCAAGCCCACCGCCGAGGACGAGGCCGCCGAAGUCGCCCGUGUCGACAAACAGGCCCAAGACGCCGACGCCGCCGCCAACUCCUCCCUCCUGGCGGAAACAUCCUUCCCCCCCUACGAUGAGGAUGUCAAGCCCAGGGACAAGGAUGCCGCAUCGCCUCUGUUUGAAGAGGCAGACAGCAUACUCGACAUCAACUGGGGUCAGUCCCAGGUGGAGCCUCUUGCGCCCGCACGCACUCCCUCCCCUCCCCCCAUCCUCCCAGGCACCGAGGCCUCGGACUCGGAGUACUCGGUCGACGGUGUCCUCGGACACCUCUUUUCGCGCGCCGAGCUCCCGCUGCAACCAUCCGCGUCCAAGUACCGCGCCAUUCGGCGCCAGGCCCUCGCCGACGAGGAGGAGAAGAAGCGCGAGGAAGAGAAGAAGGAGGAGCGCCGCCGCAAACGGGGCGAGCAGAAGCGCGAGCGCCAGCGCAAGCAGGCAGAAGCAGCAGCAGCAGCAGACAAAGGGGAGAUUGCCAAGGGGUAUGCGGAGGCGGCGAGGCAGGCGGCGUCACGUGUCGGGCGGGAGAGAUUCAGAAAGCAGCUCUCCGGAGCGCAGAGGAGGAGGAUCACAAAGGGGGUUGGGGACGUGGUGAGGAAGGAGGUGGAGCGGCAGCUGUGA